CCAUCAUUCUCAGUUUGGAAGGCGUCCUAGUUAGCUGUACCAAAUCGAGCUAAAGCUUAUCUGAUUCUUCAAGUUAAUUGAAUCUCAAAUACCUGUGAAGUAUUCUUUUCGUGCAAGUGAAACGUUUUAAUUUUCAAAAUGCGUGAAUGUAUCUCUGUACACGUUGGUCAGGCUGGAGUCCAAAUUGGAAAUGCCUGCUGGGAAUUGUACUGUCUGGAGCAUGGAAUCCAACCGGACGGUCAAAUGCCCUCGGACAAAACCAUUGGCGGUGGCGAUGAUUCGUUCAACACUUUCUUCAGCGAGACUGGAGCUGGAAAGCAUGUUCCCCGCGCCGUUUUUGUUGAUUUGGAACCAACAGUAGUAGAUGAAGUUCGCACCGGAACCUACCGGCAGCUGUUCCACCCGGAACAGUUAAUUACCGGAAAGGAGGAUGCAGCCAACAAUUACGCUCGUGGUCACUACACUAUUGGAAAGGAAAUCGUCGACAUUGUCCUGGAUCGCAUUCGUAAGCUAGCUGACCAAUGUACCGGUCUUCAGGGUUUCCUGAUUUUCCACUCAUUCGGAGGCGGUACCGGAUCCGGUUUUACUUCCCUGUUGAUGGAACGUCUCUCCGUUGACUACGGUAAGAAGUCGAAGUUGGAGUUUGCCAUCUACCCGGCUCCACAAGUUUCGACCGCCGUGGUUGAACCUUACAAUUCCAUUUUGACAACGCACACCACUUUGGAACAUUCCGACUGCGCAUUUAUGGUUGAUAACGAGGCGAUUUACGACAUUUGCCGACGUAACUUGGACAUUGAACGCCCUACGUAUACCAACCUGAAUCGUUUGAUUGGUCAAAUUGUUUCUUCGAUUACCGCUUCGCUUCGAUUUGACGGUGCUUUGAACGUCGAUCUUACUGAAUUCCAAACCAACUUGGUUCCGUACCCACGUAUUCACUUCCCAUUGGUAACUUAUGCUCCGGUUAUCUCAGCCGAGAAAGCUUACCAUGAGCAGCUGUCGGUAGCUGAAAUCACCAAUGCAUGCUUUGAACCGGCCAACCAGAUGGUGAAAUGCGAUCCCCGUCAUGGCAAGUACAUGGCUUGUUGCAUGCUGUACCGUGGUGAUGUAGUACCAAAGGAUGUCAACGCUGCUAUUGCAACCAUCAAGACUAAGCGUACGAUUCAGUUCGUCGAUUGGUGCCCAACUGGUUUCAAGGUCGGCAUCAACUACCAGCCCCCGACUGUCGUUCCCGGUGGUGACCUGGCUAAAGUACAGCGUGCCGUCUGCAUGUUGUCUAAUACGACUGCCAUCGCUGAAGCAUGGGCCCGUUUGGAUCAUAAGUUCGAUCUGAUGUACGCCAAGCGUGCCUUCGUCCACUGGUACGUUGGCGAGGGUAUGGAGGAAGGUGAAUUCUCUGAGGCCCGUGAGGAUCUGGCAGCCCUCGAGAAGGAUUACGAAGAAGUCGGCAUGGACUCGGGCGAAGGAGAGGGAGAAGGUGCCGAAGAGUAUUAAAUCUAGACGCUUGCUAUUAGUCAUAGCAUAGUGGCGGAAAAGCCCAGCAAAUCAAACGAAAGAAAAUAGCCGUGAGGCGCGGAGAAAAUUAAUUUAUUAAAUAAACGUUUCUCCAAUUAAACCGUUUUU